AUGGCGUCUAAUGUAGAGGCCCCGGAGCGCUGGUACCUCGCCCUUCUCGGGUUUGCCGAACACUUCCGAACCUCCAGUCCGCCCAAAAUCCGACUGUGUGUACACUGUUUACAGGCAGUGUUCCAGUUCAAACCCCCGCAGCGGAUUGAGGCCCGUACUCACCUCCAGCUCGGCUCGGUGCUCUACCACCACACCAAGAACAGCGAGCUCGCCCGCAGCCACCUGGAGAAAGCGUGGUUUAUAUCCCAGCAACUCCCUCAGUUUGAAGAUGUUAAAUUUGAAGCUGCCAGCAUUUUGUCUGAACUUUUUUGCCAACAGAAUUUGGUUGAUUCUGCAAAACCUCUCCUUCGAAAGGCCAUUCAGAUUUCUCAGCAGACACCAUACUGGCACUGCCGGUUGUUGUUCCAGUUGGCUCAACUUCACACACUGGAGAAAGACUUGGUUUCAGCCUGUGACUUGCUGGGAGUGGGCGCAGAAUAUGCCCGAGUGGUUGGGUCAGAAUAUACUAGGGCAUUGUUUUUGCUAAGCAAAGGAAUGUUGCUGCUAAUGGAGAGAAAGCUUGCAGAAGUACACCCUCUCUUGACACUUUGUGGGAAUAUUGUUGAAAAUUGGCAGGGGAAUCCUAUUCAAAAGGAGUCUCUGAGAGUCUUCUUCCUGGUCCUACAGGUUACACACUACUUAGACGCCGGACAGGUCAAGAGUGUGAAGCCAUGUCUCAAGCAGCUCCAGCAGUGCAUUCAGACAAUCUCCACUCUCCAUGAUGAUGAGAUUCUGCCCAGUAACCCAGCUGACCUCUUUCACUGGCUGCCCAAAGAGCACAUGUGUGUCCUUGUGUACUUGGUGACCGUGAUGCACUCGAUGCAAGCUGGCUAUCUUGAGAAGGCUCAGAAGUAUACAGACAAAGCUCUAAUGCAACUGGAGAAAUUAAAAAUGUUGGACUGCAGCCCUAUCCUGUCUACUUUCCAAGUUAUUCUCCUGGAGCACAUCAUCAUGUGCCGACUCGUCACGGGCCACAAAGCCACUGCAUUACAGGAGAUUUCUCAAGUGUGCCAGCUCUGUCAACAGUCUCCAAGAUUAUUUACAAAUCAUGCUGCUCAACUUCAUACACUUUUAGGCCUCUACUGUAUUUCUGUGAACUGCAUGGAUAACGCUGAGGCCCAGUUUACCACGGCAUUACGGCUCACGACACAUCAGGAACUCUGGACGUAUAUUGUGACAAACUUGGCAAGUGUUUACAUAAGAGAAGGAAACCGGCAUCAAGAGUUGUACAGCCUGCUAGAGAGGAUAAACCCAGACCACAACUUUCCUGUCAGCUCUCACUGCCUACGUGCAGCAGCUUUCUACAUCAGGGGAUUGCUGUCUUUCUUUCAGGGACGCUACAAUGAGGCCAAGCGUUUCCUCAGAGAGACUUUGAAAAUGUCUAAUGCUGAGGACCUCAACAGACUAACUGCCUGCUCCUUGGUUCUACUGGGUCAUAUUUUCUAUGUUCUCGGCAACCACAGAGAAAGUAACAACAUGGUGGUUCCUGCAAUGCAAUUGGCCAGCAAAAUUCCCGACAUGUCAGUUCAGCUGUGGUCGUCUGCGCUUUUGAAAGACUUGAACAAGGCUCUUGGGAACACAAUGGAUGCCCAUGAAGCAGCGCAGAUGCAUCAGAACUUCUCACAGCAGCUUCUGCAGGAUCACAUUGCGGCGUGCAGCCUUCCUGAGCAUAACCUCAUCAGUUGGACCGAUGGCCCCCCUCCUGUCCAAAUCCAAGCCCAGAAUGGCCCCAACACAAGCCUGGCAAGCCUACUAUGA